GCGCGCGGGAGGUGGGGUGAGGGGCUUGUGGCGGCGGCGACGAACGGCAGAAGCGGUGGAGGAAAAUGGCGCCGAGCUCGAAAUCGGAGCGGGGCAGCGCCUCGGGAGGAAAGCGGGGUUCGGCAGAGACGGGGCGCGGCGGCAGGCGGGAGCAUGUGGUGAGGCAGCUCGAGCGGGUCAAGAUCACUGGGCAACUCUCACCUCGUCUGUUCCGUAAGCUGCCACCAAGGGUUUGUGUCUCCCUGAAGAGUAUUGUUGAUGAACAUUUCUUAUGUGCAGGGCACAUUUUCCUUGGCUUUUCUAAAUGUGGGAGGUAUGUCUUGUCCUACACUAGCAGCAGCGGUGAUGAUGAUUUUUCCUUCUAUAUUUAUCAUCUGUACUGGUGGGAGUUCAAUGUUCACAGCAAGCUAAAAAUGGUACGUCAGGUUCGAUUGUUCCAAGAUGAAGAAAUCUACAGUGAUCUAUACCUGACUGUGUGUGAAUGGCCCAGUGACCCUACCAAGGUCAUCGUCUUUGGUUUCAAUACCCGUUCAGCCAAUGGUCUACUCAUGAACAUGAUGAUGAGUGAUGAAAACCAUCGAGAUAUCUACAUUAGUACGGUUGCUAUGCCUCCUCUUGUGCACUGUUCCAGCUGCAGGGACAUGGCCAUUGCACAUUCAGGUGACCCAAAUGCCAAAUGUUUGCAGCAUGGGUUCAUGCUGCACACCAAGUACCAAGUGGUAUACCCUUUCCCCACAUUCCAGCCAGCAUUCCAGCUCAAGAAAGACCAAGUGGUGUUACUUAACACUAGCUAUUCUCUUGUGGCCUGUGCUGUUUCAGUGCAUACAUCAGAUGACAGCAGCUUCUCCCAAAUCCUUUAUGACAGGAGUCGCCAACCCUGGUCCCCUGCUGGUGAAGUCAGCCACACAGCUCUUGCAACUCAGUGCCCUGCAAGCUUGGAAGAAAGGCUAGAAAGAGACAGUUGCACUUGCCAGAGCAGUGAUGCAUUGCAGCAGCCUGCUGCUAUGCCUUUGCAGGACACAGAAAAUCACAUCUCACCAGCUGUAGCUAUGGCAAAGGAAUUUGUUGCAGACAUCUUCCGAAGGGCCAAGGAAGCCAAAGGCACAGUCCCAAUGGAGGAAGAGGCAGGUGGUGGGCUUGAGUGCCUUCUUGACUCCAGUGAAGCCCUGGACCAGGAUACUCUAGCCUCUUGGGAUCUACAAAAGCCUUCGGAAACUUGUGUGCACAGUAGUGGCAUUCACAGCUCCAUAUCAUCUGGGGCAGACAGCCUUUCUGAUGUUUCUGUCUCCCCCAAAGAGUCUUCCCCUGCCGGUGCUGAGCUGGAAAGCCAGCCAGCUGAGCCAGGCUAUGUGAACUAUACCAAACUGCGCUAUGUCUUGGAGCCCAGUGAUUCCUCUGAGGCAGAGGAUGAGUAUGAGGAUGACAAAAUCUCCUUGCCAUUUGUUGUGACAGAUCUGCGAGGAAGGAAUUUGAAGCCACUGAAGGAGAGAGCAGUUUGUCAGGGACAAUACUUAACCGUGGAACAGCUGACUCUAGAUUUUGAAUAUGUUAUUAAUGAGGUGAUCCGGAACGAUGCAUCAUGGUCUAAGCAGUUUUGCUCCUUCAGUGACUAUGACAUUGUCAUUUUAGAGGUAUGUCCUGAAACCAACCAGGUUAUUAUCAAUAUUGGACUCUUGCUCUUAGCGUUCCCUUCUCCUGAUGAAGAGGGACAGCUCAGGCCGAAGACCUAUCACACCAGCCUCAAAGUUGCUUGGGAUUUGAAUACUGGAAUCUUUGUCACUGUUAGUGUGGGAGACCUCACAGAAGUCAAAGGGCAGACCAGUGGCAGUGUGUGGAGCUCCUAUAGGAAAAGUUGUGUUGACAUGGUCAUGAAGUGGCUGGUGCCAGAGAGCAGUGGCCGCUACGUCAACAGGAUGACCAAUGAGGCCCUUCAUAAAGGCUGCUCCUUGAAAUUCCUUGCAGACAAUGAGCGUUACACAUGGAUUGUCUUAUGAGGCCUGGUUCGGAGACAAUGCCUACAUCAGUAGUUCAUUUCCUGCCAUAACUGUGUGUCAGAUUCAACUACCUCCUUGUUAAAAGUUGUUUUUAAUUUCCCCACCCCUUUUGACUAGACAGUGGCCCAGAUGACCUUCAGCAGAUUGGACCCGAUUUGUGGGUACAGCCACAUCAUCUGCUUCACAGGUAGCGUGGGAAAAACAGAUCUGGUCCAGAUGUUUUGGAAAACCUACCUCUUCUUGCACAUUAGAUCUAUGGAUUGGGCUGCACAGAUUCCAGCUGAGCUAGAAAGCUCCCUGAAAUGCAGGAAGCUGAAAACGAUUUGCUUCGGUAUGUCUAUCUGGAUUUUGUGAUGCUGCAAGGAGUCUUUAAGAGGUGAGAGUCUUGUGCAUGGUUUGCCCACCCCUGGUGCUAUACAGUGAUUGAUUCCAGGGAAGUUCUGUUUAAUGAGACCAAAAAAAAAACAAAACCCUUCUGUGUUCCAGGCUCUUCCUCCACCCCCACUGGAGGAUUCAUUUUCCCCUCUCAUGCAUAGAUGCCAUCCUGCUUUUUAAUUUGUCUUAGCAGGCAUUCUGAUUCCUGCAAUAAAACAUUUAAACUUGA